GUCUGAAAACAACCCCACUCUCCCACAAAAACUACAACUCCCGGGGAAUCGCCCCGUCGCCCGAAGCCAGAUCCAUACCACGUGACCCACGCGGUCUCACUGCGCCUGCGCGCCAAGGAGGCGGAGGGACUUUUGAAGAUGGCGGCCGACCUGAGCGUGGUGGGUCUGGUGGAGGAGUUUGUGGUCGGGCAACACGAUGGGCCGGCGAAGGAUUUGGCAUCAGGUGUCAUCGAUGGGAAGUGCACUGCACUGGAAAUUGUAGAAGCAUUAGGAGCAAGUUUAACAAAUCCUGAGCCACGAACGAGAGGUCGAGGGGUGCACCUCCUGUCUCAGGUUCUUUUGCUGUCUUAUUCUUCCCUCAACCAAAAAGAAGUGGAGGUACUUGUUAUCUUUUAUAUUGAUCGACUGAAGGAUCAUCACUUUAUUACACCUUAUGUACUGCAAGGAUUGAAAGCCCUGAGCAUGAGUUCCGUUUUGCCAGAAGGGUUAGCCGUGGCGGUUUUGAAGGCAUUGUUCCAGGAACUACAUGUUCAGUCUCUAUUGCAGUCUGAUAGGCAGUCAGUAUACAGCAUAAUCACCAAUUUCAUGGACACCAGAGAGCAAGAGCUAAAAGGUUUGGGAGCUGAUUUCACAUAUGGCUUUAUUCAAGCGAUGGAUGGAGAGAAGGACCCAAGGAAUUUACUACUGGCCUUUCAGAUCUCCAGAGACCUCAUCGUUAAUGACUUUGACCUUGGGGUCUUUGUGGAGGAGCUCUUUGAAGUCACUUCAUGCUAUUUUCCAGUUGAUUUUACACCACCUCCGAAUGACCCACACGGAAUAUCUCAUUACGAUCUAGUGCUGAGCCUGAGGUCUGUUCUUACUGCCACGCCUCGGUUUGCAGAGUUCCUAUUGCCACUUCUAGUGGAGAAGCUGGAUUCAGAUGUUCAGAGCUCAAAGGUGGACUCCCUUCAGACUCUGACUGCAUGCUGCAAAGAUUAUAGGAAGAAGGAUCUGAAAGAAUUCCUACCAGCUCUUUGGCAUUCCAUACGGAGAGAGGUCUUUCAGACAGCAGUUGAAAAAGUUGAGACUGAAGGUCUUGCUGCUCUCCAAGCAAUUGCGACAGCCCUGUCCAAGUCGGUCAUUGAUUCGGAUGCGGAGGAUAGCCUGGAUACUUUCCUUAGCAAUGUUUUAGAAGACUGCAAACAUCACCUUUGUGAACCGGACAUGAAACUUGUUUGGCCGAGUGCCAAACUUCUUCAGGCAGCUGCAAGUGCUUCCUACAGAGCGUGGUACAAGAUUACCAGCUGCAUCUUCCCUCUGCUACUGGAGCAAUUCAACAAGCAUAAACAGAGUAGCCAGCGUUGGACUAUCUUGGGAAUCCUAAAGGUUUUCAUUAAACUUACUGACAAUUGGAGCAGGGAUGAGGAAGAUGAGAAUCCCCUCUGUGCCUUUAAGGAUCAGCUCUGUGGCCUGGUAUUCUCUGCACUGACCGACUCCAGUGCCCAGUUACAGACAGUGGGGACCAGCACUUUGGCAGUUUUGGGAUCGCAGCAAGGUUUGCUGUCACCUUCUGACAUCGAAUUAAGUGUAGAUCAUUUGAACAGACUGAUCCUUCAGGAAGACGACCCACAAGUAUGUGCUGCAGCGUUGGAAGCCUCUACUACCAUAUCUGCAAUCCACCCCUCUGCCUUCAUCAGCCAAAUGGUUCCAGCGUUGACAAGAGAGUUGAGCACUGAGCCUGUGGAAGUGAAGGACAACAUGGUACCACCUGUACAGUCUGGAAACAUUUUGCAUCAGCGCCCUAUCCAGGCUCUGGCCGCUAUCUCCACUCAUCCCAGUAUAGUACAGAAAACUGUACCAGUCCUGCUGAAGUAUCUGACUGAUUUACAGAAAGAGAGUGCAGACUCUAAGAGCAAAGUAGCCAUCCUGACCUGUCAGAGCCUGCAGUUCGUGGCGGAACAAUGCAAGGAUACCAGAGAGAGUAGCCAGUAUUUUCACCAAACAGUCAUUCCGUGCCUGCUGGGGCUGGCAGUCCAAGCAUCAAUCCAAGCCUCUGCUGUAGGAUGUGGCUCCGAAGUCCCACUUGGGAUCCUGUGUGAAGAAAAGGUAAUCACAGCGUUGGGGACUGUGAUCAGCACUGCCUACAGUCACAGACAAACAGAGCUGGUUUCCAGAACAAUCUCGCAGGUUGUUGCCUUGUUCCUUGAUGGGAAUAACUCCUUCCUGCCUGAAGAUAACGUUCCUGGAAAGUUCCACCCUUUUCAUACUCCCAACCCUCCCUGGCCACAGACUCAGUUAGUUGCACUUCUGCAGGCGGCUGUUUGCUCUUUGCCAAAGAAUGUGGUGGUGCCUCAACAAGAGAGGUUGUUGGCACACCUGAUGGAGCUGUGUUCUUCCAGCAACCACCGAUUCACUUAUACUUCUGCUGCCAAAUGUGUUGCGGGUCUUAUCAACAAGUACCCAGCAGGUGAACAGUUGGAUUCCGUUUUGCAAGAUGUGCUGAAGAAGAUGGACUGUGAGCUGCAGAGGAACGGUGGUGAUUGUUCACAGUCUGCUAGCAGGACACGAAUUUUCACCUUGUUGCUAUGGUUAACAAAAUCCCUCGUACUGCGAUAUCAUCCUUUGGCUGCCACACUGACUGACAAGCUGAUGGAGCUACUGACCGACCCUGACCUGGGAACGGAGGCUGCAGACGGAUUCUCCCUGUUGGUGAGCGACUCCACAGACGUCCUGAACAAAUCCACUCACGCUGAUGUGCGCCUCAUGUACCGACAGCGGUUCUUCACCGAGAACGUACCCAAGUUGGUUCAGGGUUUCCAUGCGGCUGGCAAAGAUAACAAGUCGAACUACCUGAAGGCACUAUCUCACGUGCUGAACAGUCUACCCAAGCAAGUACUACUGACAGAGCUCCCGUCGUUACUGACCUUGUUGUUGGAGGCCUUGUCCUGCCCAGACCAGGUGGUCCAGUUGUCCACUCUCGGUUGCCUACACCCUCUGUUGCUGGAAGCCCCACAGAUCAUGAGUUUGCACAUAGAGACCUUGGUGAACAAGCUGCUCAAUCUGACUACUAGUCCUGCUAUGAAAGUUCGUAUUGCCUCCUUGCAAUGUAUGCACGCACUGACUAAACUGCCCGCACACGUGAUCCUUCCACACAAAGCCCGGGUGAUCCAAGCCCUGGCCAAACCCUUGGAUGACAAGAAGCGGCUGGUGAGGAAGGAGGCAGUCGCAGCUCGGGGAGAAUGGUUUCUCUUGGGGAGCCCGGGCAGUUGAUGUUCACCCAGAGCAGCUGACCUGAGGAAGCAGACAAUCAGCUGAAGCCCAGCCUUUUCCGUACGUUUACAGCCCAGUGACCUGUUCAAACAACGUUCCAAACCACAGAAAACGCAGGAAAAUUCAAACCAUCUCUGACGGCGACUUGCGGCUGAGGUGGAGACUGAAACGAUGAAGAGAUUGCACCUUGACGCUUAACGGAUUUUUGCUAAACGUAUAAAGAAGCACAUUCCACACUGCACCCAUGGGGCCUCGAUGCCCAAUGUGAUAACCCACCCCUGUAGGAUGUAACAAAGCAAACUGACCAACUCUGAGCAAAUCACUUGAAUUAUUCUAGCAAUUGAGUAAGGACCGUGUGGGAGAGAAGCCAGCAAAUAGAGGGCAGCGCAGCAUCAAAUACCAUCGCCUAUUCACAGCUGAUGGACAAUUCCACUCCUGAGCUGCACUGGGAAUGACUGUGCCCAACUGCAGGAACCCCAGGAGUGUAAACCAGAUUAAGAGGUUUGAAUAAUUUAUAUUUAGAAUCCUGGAUACCUGGGAGUGAGUUACGGGCUAGAAUCAAAGCGAAGGGUUCCAUUGUUUUUAUAUUUAGAAUAGUAGAUUCAUAUGAGUAAGAGAGACUGGAAUUUAAAUGCAAAUUACAGCCAUGAACUGAGUUGUUUUAACUACACCUCCUGUGAUGAUGAUCAUGAAGAGUCAGAUGUAAUACACAAGGUGUUGCUGCUUGGUUGAAGUUGUUUUGUGUGUGUUGAUACUCUUUAAGACUGCAAGGUUUAAUUGCAGUAAGCAAGUGUGGUUUGAGGUCUGAGCAGGCAGAGUUUGUGCUGGGCAGAAAGUUUGACACGUCCUAUGUUUAAGCUUUGAGCUAUAAAUUACCAGAAUGAAAUACCAUUUGGGCUACUUAAUGACAAGGCUAUAGCCUGCCAGAGCAGAGAUGAUUGGGUAAUUUGCCUGUCUAGCAGGGCUGCAGAUGGCUGUGGUUGAUACUGGAUUUGUUGACAGCCCCAUAGCCAGCCAGAGUGGAUUUGAUUAUUAAAAAGUACAAGCCAUAUACAAGACUUGCCUUAAGCAACCUCCAGUCAUCCAUCUGACACAUGAGCAUGUGGUCAGAGAGACCAGUGUGUGCGUUUUUCUUUCCUUUGUGGCCUGUCCACCAGGAGAGAAGGUUGUGCCGCGUGACCAGACCUGCGGAUUCCUCGCCCCGUGCUAGCGGGUCAGGAACCCUUGGGUUUGGUGACGUGGAUGUGCUGCCUUGCCUGCUGUAUCUUCGCCCUGCCAGGAAUCCUUACAGGUGCAGAUGGUGAAGGCAAUAAUUGAGAUUAAAAGCACAGAUUUCUAGAAAUACUCAGCAGGGUCAAGCAGCAUCUGCAGAGAGAGAAAAGCAUUUAAUAUUUCAGAUGGAUAACUUUUCAUUGGAAGAUAUGAAGAAAGCUAUUAACCCUGAAAUGUGAGCUCGGUUCCUCUUUCCACUGAUCCUUCCUGACCUGAAUAGCUAUAGCAUUUUCAGCAUCUAUUUCAAAUUUCCAGCAUCAACAGUUUUUUGUGCUUUUCACAGUCAUUGGGAUGUUGGUCUUUCUGCUAACGUUUGCUCCGAGUUGCUGAAACAACCCAGGCAGCCUCUGGUCCAUACUGAAGCGGCUGGCUCUGUCUAGAACUCCAACGUGGUCACAAUCAUUGGCUUCACGGGGUUCCUCACACAUCAGUGUCAGAUAUUCAAUGAGAAUUGAUUUGGAGAAAAGUACUUUGUGGAGAUAAAACAUACAAAAUUGAUGGUAGCAUUGUGUAGAGGGAUUGAAACCCUGGAUGGAUAUUAGGCAGCAUAUAGAUUAGAUAAAGAAAUGAUUCCAAGAAUAAUAACCAUGUACUGUCGUGUAGGAGUACCUGCUGAAUCACUGUUUCAUGGGUAUCCUCUGGUCUGGUCACUCGUGAGCGCUGGAAUUGCUUCUAUCUCACUAGUGACCCAUAACAAGCUCACUUUCCCAUCACUGCAUGUUACUGCCCUCCGAUACUCCUGAACUUCCAACUUGUAUGUUGCUGUCCUGCACAUUUGUGCAGUGUGUUACUCACUUUUUGGGAGCUGGGUUCAGCAGCAAGGCUGGCAUUUAUUGUCUGUCUGUCCCAAACUGCCCUGGAGAAGAUGCUGGUGAGCUCCCACCGUGAACCACUGCAGUCGUCUGGUGAAGGUGCCCCUGCAGUGCUUUUUGGGGAGGCAGUUCCAGGAUUUAGACCCAGUGACAGUAUGGGACCAGAGCUACAAUUCCAAAUCAGAGCAAUGAGUGAUUCGGAGGGGGGCAUGGUGGUGGUACUCACGUACACCUGAAUCCCUUGUAGAGGUGGCAGGUUUGGGAGGUGUCAGAGUACCCUUGGCAAGUAACUGCAGUGCACUUCGUAGCUGAUGCACACUGCAGCCAUGGUGCACUAGUGUUGCAAGAAACAAAUGUUCAGGGGUGCCAAUCAAGCAAGCUGAUGUAUCCUCAACAGUGAGCUUCUAGAGUUAGAGCUGCACUUAUCCAGGUAAGUGGAGAGCAAACCAACACACUCCUGACAUGUGCCUUGUUGGCAGUGGAGAGUUCUUUGGGUGCCAGGAGGUGAAUCACUUGCUAUUGGUUCUCAUCGCCACAAUAUUUGUGUCUGGAACCAUUGGGUUUCUCAUCGGUGGUGACCCCCAGAAUGAUGUUAGUGUGAUGGUCAGCACUGGUAAUGCCAUGGAAUGUCAAUGGCUUUGGGUGGUUUGUCUCUUGUUGAAGAUGGUCAUUGCUUAGCACUCUGUGGAAUAAAUGUAUCAGCCCAAACCUGAUUGUUGCGUGUGCCUUGCUCCAUGAAGGCAUGGGCUGCUUCAUUUAUUGAUGAGAUGUGAACAUAGAACAUAACAGCACAGUACAGGCCCUUCGGCCCACAAUGUUGUGCUGACAUUUUAUCCCGCCCUGAGAUCUAUCUAACCCUUCCCUCCCACAUAGCCCUCCAUUUCUCUAUCAUUCAUGUGUCUAUCUAAGAGUCUCUUAAAUGUCCCUAUAUAUAUAUAUAUAUAGAGAGAGAGAGAGAGAGAGAGAGAGAGAUAGAUAUAAAAAGCUUACCCCUGACAUCCCCUUCUAUCUUCCUCCAAUCGCCUUAAAAUUAUGUCCCCUCAUGUUAGCCAUUGUCAUCCUGGGAAAAAGUCUCUGACUGUCCACUCAAUCUAUGCCUCUUAUCAUCUUGUACACCUCUAUCAAGUCACCUCUCAUCCUCCUCCUCUCCAAAGAGAAAAGCCCCAGCUCACUCAACCUAUCCUCAUAAGACAUGCUCUCCAAUCCAGGCAGCAUCCUGGUAAAUCUCCUCUGCACCCUUCCUAAAGCUUCCACAUCCUUCCUAUAAUGAGGCAAAAGGGAUUGAACAUUGUGACCUCUGACUAAAUGGAAGGAAGGUCAUUGGUCACUUCCUGCAUUGAUGUACUGGGGCUAGGCUGUGACCACCAAUGUGUGUGCUGGGAGGUGGGAAUUAUCCUUUAGUACAUUUACCUCUAAGACCUUGCUCCCUGCUUCUGAAACUUCCUUUGAUUUCCUGCACACAUUUCUCCAGCAACCAGUUACUGUUCAUGACCAGCUUUUUUUAAAACCCAGGGCUACAAAGGGGAAAUGCUGUGGUGCUGGAAAUCCAAAAUUAAAAACAAAGUGCUAGAAACACUCAGCAGGUUGGGCUGCAUCCGUGGAGGGAGACAUGGAGUUAGUUUCAGCUGCAUUGCUGUUCAUCAGACCUGGAACAGCUUUGCAUUAGGUUUGAAGCAAAUACAGGCAGGUGGGGCGGGAGAGAUGAAAUCAUAAGGACUGAUAGCACAAAACUGCAGUGGGUGGUCAUGGAACAAGUGAGGAAACCUGAUGGGGUUGGAAAAAGUUUACUGAUUUAAAAUCUGCAAUUGUUGAAGCCAAGAUUUUGUCUCAAGGACGUAAUUAAAAGUUAAGGUGCUGUCCUAUGGGUAGGUACCAGUGGGAUUCAGAAUGAGUGGGCUAGAGAAUCAGAGCAGCAGGCAACCAGAAGCUCAGGGUCGUGCUUGCCACGUGAACAGAGGUGCUGUGCAAAGCUGUCGCUCAGUCUGUGUUUCCUCUUCCCAAUGUAGAGGGACUGUAUCGUGGACAUUGAAAAGCAAAAUAAGUUGAACAUAGCAUUUGAAAAUAAGAACAACAUCCUGGAAAUGUGAUGUUUUAAUACACUCAGCCAAAUCGGGCAUCACCUGUGGAGUGGGAAACUGUUAGUAUUUCAGGUCAAUAGCUUUCAUCAGAACCCAUCUGCAGAAUGCUUCCUGAUCUGCUGCCUACUUCCACUACUGUUUUUGUUAUGGAACGUACUGCGAUCAUUACCUGGAAGGGUGACGGCAGGGAGGAGGUAAAAGGGCAAAUAGAAAUGUAACAUCUGCCCAGGAAGGUGUGUUGGGAUGAUCCAGGAAUGGAUCAAUGUGUUGUAGAGCAUAGCUACAUAAAGUCCUUCCUCCAUGGGAUCAGAGGUACAGCCAGUUGCCUUUUUGGAGAGGUUUUUGAUUUGCUGCAAAGACCUGCUCUUAACCAUCCCAAAUGUAAACGUCUAUGCAACAGCCACCAUUUUUCACUGUUCCUUAACUCUUCCUGUGCAUACUGUCUUCCAUUGCAACUUUAGGUGAAAUUGCAAUUAAUUGCAGCUCUACUCCCAAGUUUCACUCUCCGUUGCUUGUACCCUUCAGACCAUUGGGCAAAGUGUUCCCGAGGCCGCUGGUGGUCUGUACUUUUAGUGGUCUGCUGGCUUGCAGCAGCUAAGGUUGUGCCCAAGGAAGGAUUCCUUACUGUCUGCUCUUAAUCCUCAGUUACUGCUGCAGGGAGGGCUCCUUGCUCAACACUGUUUCUUGCUCCAAGGUUUGACUGCUACAAUUAUAGGAUGCUCUGUGCUCAGAGCUGCUUUUCCACAGAACAAAGGAGGUGGUGAGAGUGACAAAUGAGAAUUAACUGGGUUCCAGCUAACUAGUUUACAAAGUGUGUGUGAUUUGCAGUUGUCUGGACAACUAAUGUAAAUUUAACUUCCAACUGGAGGAAUAAUUAACACUCUGAAAAUUAAGGGUUCCCCUUACAAAGGUUGUACUUUAAUAAA